AUGGAUAAGGUAAAGAGGUACCUCCUAAAUUGUGGAGCAGAUUACAUCGUACCUCAAAUAUGCGAGUUUUCGGCAAGCUGUGCCACCUCCGAGCUUGCUGCCCAGCAGCUUUCCUGCAUCCCCGCCAUGAUCGCCAAGAGUCUCAGUUUCACACUUGCGAAGAAGGAAGGACGCGAUCCUAUUCCCAUCAUCAUACUCGCCUCGGGUGAUACAAAGGUGAGCAACGACAAAUAUCGUUCCAAGUUUGGCUGUCGUCCCGUGAUGAUUAGGCGGGAGGAUGUUGAGGACGUCGUUGGAUUUGCCCCCGGUGGAGUCUGCCCGUUCGGUGUGAAUGAAAAUGUACGAGUAUACUUGGACGUUUCGCUGCGCCGCUUUGAGACAGUGCACGUGGCAGCUGGCGCGGCGAACAGCACUGCCCCAAUGAGCAUCGGCGAGCUGGAGCGCUUCUCUGGUUUUGUUGAGUGGAUUGACGUUUGCGACGGGUGGUCGGAACAGGAGGCAAGUGAUGGUGCUGCGGCCCCGUCAUCAUCUUGA